UAGAUCCCGUCCUCUAUCCCCUCACACCUGCGUAGCGAACCCUGCCAAGGCUCUCCGCCACAGCACACACAAAGUUCAUUUGGCUAUGGACAUGUCCCUGCUGUAUCAGGACUGUUUUCAGCAGAAUGCUGGCUAAUGAUCAACAAAUGAGGAUCAGGAAGUAUUUUUCCUCUGAAUGUUCCAAGACUCUUUUCAGGAGCCAGGCCCAUGCAGCCCAAAUGUUCCUCUUCAAACUGGGCUCUGGAGAUAGUGUUUCUGAACGGCUGGAAUGGAGACCAGCCCUUUACAGAAAGUGCACAGACACUCUCUGGCUGCUCCUCUUCUGCCUUUUCUGGGCUGGUCUGAUGUUUAUAAGUGGCUAUUCUGUGGUGGCUGGUGCUGCAGAAAGACUUGUGCUUGGAUAUGACAGCUUUGGGAACAUAUGUGGUCGGAAGAACACUCCUGUAGCAGGGGCAAAUCUUUCUGGAUUGGACAUGACUAAUAAAAAGUAUGUGUUCUUUCUGAAUUCAUGCAGCCUGGAAAUACAAAGCCUCGAAAGCAGUUCACUUUCCUUGUGCGUGUCAAGUUGUCCACAACAGCAGCUCAACUCUUUGGAAGAUCUCCAGAGUUUUGCAAGGAGUAAUGGUUCUUUUCUUUGUGUUUACAACCUGGAUGCUUCCAGUUACACUCUAAAUCCAAAGGCAGCUCAGCUAUGUCCCACACUUCCAGUUCCACCAAGUAAGUCCUUUCCAUUAUUUAAUCGAUGUGUUCCACAAAAUCCUGAAUGCUAUUCCAAAUAUGCAUCUGUCCUAAUAAAUAUGGUUAAUGAAAUGGAUGUUUUUCACCGAAUUCUCAGUGGAAUAUUGGCAGGAAGAGAUACUGUGAUAGGACUGAGUGUCCUUGCACUAGCCUUCUCUUUGAUGCUGGUUUUAGCCUUCAGAUUCAUUCAGACCUUCCUCAUCCAUACUCUGAUUGCACUGGUUGUAUUUGGGUUGUUGUUUGUCUCAGGUGUUCUCUGGUGGCUCCAUUACGACUACAGGAAUGACCCCAGCACUGAACUGGAAACAGAAAAGGAAAAUGUGAAGUUCCUUCUUGGAUAUGCCAUCUUCUCAACAAUAGUUACUGUUGUUCUACUCUCCCUUAUAAUUGUACUAAGAAAGAGGCUUCGGUUCGCUGUACAGCUGUUUCAAAUUGUUGGUAAAUUCAUUGGCAGAAUUCCUUUCCUCCUCUUCCAGCCACUCUGGACCUUUCUGAUUCUUGUUGUGUUCUGGGUAUUUUGGGUUGCUGUGCUGCUCAGUUUAGGAACUGCAGGUACUGCACACUCCACUUCAGGAGGACAAGUAGAAUACAGAGCUCUGUCUGGAAUUUGCUACAUGGCAUGGUAUCAUUUCGUUGGCCUUAUCUGGACUAGUGAAUUCAUUCUUGCCUGUCAGCAAAUGGUGAUUGCUGGGGCAGUGGUUACUUGUUAUUUCAACAGAAAUAAAAAUAACCCACCACCUCACCCAGUCCUGUCUUCCAUAUCAGUUCUUUUCUGCUACCAUCUAGGAACUGCUGUAAAAGGUUCAUUUCUCAUCACAGUACUGAGAAUACCAAGGAUUGUUCUCUUAUACCUUUACAAUAUCCUAAACCACAAGGAGAAUGCAAAGCACCUGUUCAACUGCUGUUUCUGCUGGAUUUGCUUCCAGAAAGGUUGCUUAAGAUACUUUAACCAGCAAAGGUGAUGGUGGUCCACAUGUUCCAAAUCCAAGGCAAUUUGGGCAACAGUUAGAGAAGAAAAAAGCAAGAACAGGCCACAAGAUUUUAAUAGAAUUUUUAUCUGUAUGAAAUUUAAACUUUGGUCUUGGGUUAUUGCAUCUCAUAGAGUAAUUCAGGGGUCUAUUUAUUGCUUUCUUUUUUUUUUUUUCCCUAUAACUAAUCUGUUCAAGGUUAUUUCUUAAAAUUUUUUUUUACUAUGAUUGAAAGUCUUAGUCUGAUUCUGUAAAAUCUGUGGCUAAAUGUAAAAGAGAAAAUAAAAAAAGAAGGAAAAAAGUCUGCAGUUUUAAGCAGCUUUGAGAUAUUUCUCAAUUAACAGAAGUAGUCAACUCUUGAGAGCUCCUACUGAGAUUGGUGGAAGCUGCUGGAAACAACCUAAAAAUUUCCCACAGAUGUUGAACAUGGACCUGAGAAUAGAACUUGAGAGGGAGGGUUUAAAUUUAAUUGUACCUGUGUUUCUAACAUUUUCUUAAAGAAGUAUUCUUUAAGUUCAGGUUUUGAUUUUUUGUAACCUAAAAUGUGGAACAGCUGUUGUAAAAUUUGGUCCAAAGAUCAUUGUGUACAUUAGCAUUCCUUACUAUUUACUAUUCUUUUGAUUUUUAUUCUAGUAUUACUUUCAUUAUAAUGAAAAGCACAUAAUUACCUGAAGCUCUAAAAAAAAAAAAACAACCAAAACCAAAAAAGAAAAUAUUAAAUCACUUUUGCAUCAUUUUCUUCAACUUGUUGUUAAACUGCUUAAGUAAUUGAAAUUCUUUCUGUUCCUUCAUUCACAAGUUUAAUCAGGAUUAAACAGUACUUUGUUUUCCCUCUGAGAACUUGCAGAUGAGAAACAGGUGCUGGAGGAAGUAACCUUGGUGAUAGAAUGCAAGCUUCUUUCUUCCCAUGCAGAAUCAACCAAGUGCUCUAUUAUGUUAUCUAAGAGUACUUUCCAGGCAGCAAUACCAUCCUGCAUGUGGGAUUUAAUACUGGCUUCAAUAGCUGCAUGCAUCCCUGAAAUGGCUCAUUCUCUGCAGGCUCAGUUAAGUUUUGCUGAGCUCUCCUAGAAGUUAACUGGAACAAGCCAAAGGGUUAUGCUGUCAUCUUCCCAUCAUGACAGAGUGCUGUGCUAGAUGCUGGCAAUUGUAAUACUUGCAAGGGUGGUUGUUGGAGGAGGAGUAAUAUAAGUCCAGUGCUCUGUGCAGAUUGCAGUAUGGACAAUUACAUUCAGCCUUCCUAAAUUCUCUUGGAUUUGCAACUGGAUCCUGUGCUAAACUGUGGUGUAGUGUUGCUAUGUGCUGUUAAACAGUUCACUCCUUAAGCUGUUCCACUUCAGUCAUGGGCAAAGUGAUUCAUGUGUGUGUAUAAUCCAUUAGCAACAAUUGUAAAGCACUCUGGGUUCUGUGGCUGAAAAGUGCUUUCUGAAUAUAAAGUCACUAUCCUUACUUGACAGUUCUGUUUGCCAGCACUUGUCAGAAUUACCACAGAUUUUUCAUCUGGCUCUGAUGGUUUCAGUAUGUUCCAGAUAAACAUAUGCAAUCAUCUCAAGUAAAAUCUAGGAGAUUGAAAUUUUUCUUCUGUAAAAAGAAUAUACUGGUUUUUAAUGUGGUUUGGGAAUUACAAGGUCUGUAUGUCUCCUGCUUUCUUAAGUUGUAAUGGCAGUCAACUUUAGGUACAUCAAAGUGCUUGCAUAUUCUCCGUUUACAGCCUUAAUGCAGAGAUUUUUUUAAAACAAUACAACUGGAUAGUUUUGCUUUUCUGUGUCUGCUUUGGGUCCAUCUGCAGCCAGUUGGCAGUGACCCCUCCAAAGUGUAUGCCUGGGUUUCUAAGGGGUUUGCUGAGCCAGAUGUGGUUUCUGUGUCCAUCAGCAUGCAGUGUAGCCUGGGCUGUCAGUGAAUUCAGCAGGGUGUGAGCCCCAUUUCCUAGGACAGAGACCCUUCCCUGAGACUGAAAGCCAGCAAUUGUACAGUGUAAUAGACCAAAAGCAAGUCUGUCUAAUGGCUGCAUAUGCAUGGUUCUUGAUUGUCUCAUAAGCUUUGGAUGGAAACCUAUCAGGAGGUUUCAGUAGAAUACCUUGUAGAGAAUUCAUUGAGAUAAAACCAAAACUCAUACAUACUAUUGCACAGCUCUCUGCAUGCCAAACACAUUGUGCCUCACCCCAUCAAGUACUUCUUUUUCCUCUUUCCAAUACUGCCUUUUCAUGUUACUGGCAAUAUUGCUUCUAGAUAUGGAGCUAAUUUUUCAGUCGUUGAAAAUACAAGGAUAAAAUGUUCUUUUGCAGUGAAAUAAUAUUUUAAAUAUGUUUAUUUUCUCUCUACAGACUUUAUGUUUGUGAUAAUAGGAAGUAAAAUUACUUAGGUCUUUACUAGAUCUGUAGGAUGAACCAUGUAGGGAAUAGAGUUGAAGAAAGCUGACUAAUUCUUGCUUUGAUACCUUUCUCUUCUUAAUUAUCCCAUUAAGAGGAAACAAAAGGGGAAAAAAGAGAGAGAGAAAAUAAAAAGCAAUUAAGCAAGUGACUGGUAAUUCUGUGCUUUUAAGUAGAGAAAUUUAUUAACAACUCUGGAAAUAUUCAGUUUGAUUGAUUUCAGAAAUCCCAAAUAAGAACAUUUUCUCACUAAGUGCAGAAGCACUGAAAGCAACCCCAGUAAUGAUGUAGUCAUGAUGCAAUGGGCACAUAAAGCAGGAUCUUUCUGAUCCAGCCCCAUCAUGGAAAUGGAGGCCAUGUGUAACACUGUGAUGCAGCAGGAAAGGACACCUGACUACCCUCUGAGGAGAAAGUUGUGUUGGUCCUACCUGGUGAAUGACAGCCAUGGAGGGAGUAGAUGACACAAGGAGUAGGAAGCAAGGAAACUUGAAAAUUUUCUCCAGUAAGUCCAGACUGAAAAUAUAAGGUGGAAUGGAAAUAAAUGAAAGUUGUGCUUUUUGGACUGCUUGGGAAAAUUCAGGAGGUUAUUGAAGGUUUCUUACAGAUAGUAAUUAGCCUAAGAACAAAAAAAAUAACCAUUUCUGUAUUAGCUGUGAGUUUAUUGAUUAGAAGUCAAGGAGGAGAAUAUUCUCCAUGUGUUUGUCAGCCAUAGGAAAAUAGCCUUUUUUUAACAAGGCUGCAGGAAGCACAGAGUCAGUCCUGAAAGCUACAAGAUGAAACACUUGCACUGGAAAGAGGGAGAUAAAUGCCAUUGUACUAGUUUUUGGUUAUGUGCUCAUGCUUAUCUCAUGGGGGGACUGGAAUAUCCUGUGACAAAUGAAGGGUAAGAGCAAGCCUGUCAGCCAUCUAUGAGACAGCAGGGAGGGGUGAAAGCCAGUCAACAACAGCAGAAAAAUGAGUAGAUAUAAAUUGUUCAUGAAUAAAUGUCGUCUGGAAGUUGGAAGAAGGUUCCUAAGGAUCAGCAGGACAACUGUCUGGAACAGCUCCAAAUGUAAGGCCUGGGAGAGGGGAAGUCCUAAGUGACUUAAAGAGGGGGUUUUCCACUUAAGAGGAGAUUUGCAUAAUAUGCUAGUCAGAAACAGGCACUGGAGUGGCUGAAAGUCCCUUCCAGUCUUGUAUGUCCUCAUCUCUUCAGGGGGGCCUCACAAGGCCCAUCUUGCUCUCAUUUCCCACCAUCUGAGUCAUGAUAAUCUCUCACCAGACCACUAGCUGCUGCACAGCAGCACACUCAUUGCCUCUUGCUACCACUGGAUUUUGUUUUCUGAGGGGCUUCCACUGGCAUCAGUGAUGCUUGCAGGCUAAGACACUUUAAAGUCCAACCUGAGCUGCACUGCAUUGCACUUGGGAUAGCUGACCAGGGCAGCCCACAAGAGAGUUGGCAGCAGUAAGAUCAGAUCAGGCUGAAAAUACCAGCAGAGCAGAAAAAGCUGAACUGGGAUGAGAGACCAGCAUGUCUCCUUCUUCCUUUUUAAGAAGAUUCUGUUGCUAUGGCAAUUUUCCCCAAUCUCAUUUUAUGAAAGCAAGCCCUAGAAUGGAGGACUGAAUUCAGCUGUUACACAAAGUAGCAAUUAUUCUCAACAAUUGAGGAACUUACAGCCUGGAUCUGAGCCACAGCGCCUUUCUCAUGAAACUACCAGGUCACUUUUUCCAAGACCUUUGACAUUCUGUGUUGUGAGGCACAGAAGGACAUAUUCUUUAAAUAGGUUUUUUUUGCUUACUGUGGUAUUUGGAAAUAUGUAAACAUUCACAUUCCCUGUUUAUUCAUCCUGACACUGAGAAGUCAGUGUCUAGUUCCCAGGCCCCAAGCCAGAAGAGGCUUGUGUUCUUCAGAGAGGUGGUGAUACGAGAUCAACUUGCUGGUGCAAGGAUAAAUGCUGAUCCCAACCCACUGUCUCCUGGGCUUUCUGACCAACCCUAUGCCAUCAAUGCCAUCAUUACUUGUUUGUCACUAGAGCAGAAACUACCACUGUAAAAGAUCAAUUAACCAGGCAAAGAUAAAAAUAUAAGAGCUAUAAUGUGUAUAUAAGGAUCAGACUGAAUCUCUUUCUAGCUCAGUAUCUCAUUUCAGCAGUGACUGUGAGUAAAUGCUAAGGUAAAACAAAAAGAUAUUUCCCUGCCUCUAUGCUGUUUCUGAAUGUAUUUUCAGCCUAGGGACUUCUUGAGCUGUGUGUUUUCUGAGUGUUCAAUAACUCUCUGCAGAUUCCUUUUCCCUGAAUUUCUCCUUCUCCAUUGAGCUCAUGUGAACUUUUAGCAGCUAAAGCAUCCUUUGCCCAGAAGUUCACAGUUUGCAGAUUUAUGGCGAGAAGAAAAUACCAUCUGUUUUCAAAUUUGGCUCCUACUACUUCAUACUGUCCUGCCCCUUGCCUGAUCUUUGUUCUGGAAGGAGCAGUGAGCCAUCUAACCCCACACAGCCUCUCUGCAUUUCUCAUGAGUCAGCAGCUCUCUUACUGCAUCCUCCUUCAGUCAUGUCUUUUCCAGACAGAAGAGCCUCGCGUUCCCCAGACAGAAGACAUUCCAUACCUUUUGGAUCAUUUCCACUGCCCUUCUCUAAAACAUUUUCAAGUCCACUAAAGCUUUUGUGCAUAGCAAAAUAUAUUCUGUAGAAACACAUAUUUAAAUAACCUGUUUUUAAAGGUUAGCAGGUUCUUAACUGACAAUGGUCUACCAUUUUAGCCUUCACAACCAUCUUCAAUUUGAAAGGCUUUGGAUUAUUGCACAUAUCCUGCAGUUUUAAACUUAAUGGGACAUCUAAGCCUUUUAGUCCAAAGUCCAAAAUGAUUUGCAAAUAUAGGUAAUAGCUUGUGUGUUUUAGGUGUUUCUUGAUGAGCAAUAAUGAAAAAACACUUGGGCUCAUUUCUGUGCAAUGCUGAGUUUCAUGGAAAUGUAUGCUAGCUUAAAUGUUUGAUGUGUAUAUUUCUAUGUGUCUGGGUGGGAUCAGGGCAUGGGGUCUGCAUGAGAAACUUGAGAAUUGUAAGGCAAGUGUAUGGAAGACUGUUGUACACUGAACAAGAAACCUUUCAAAUAUGUUUUUCUCAGAAUUUUUUUUUUUUUUAAAGGUAGAGAUCACUUGGCUAAGUCUCCCAAUUGUGCUGGUAAUAUUCUUUCUUCACAUAUGUCUGACUAGUUUUGUAGCCUUCAGCAGAUCAUUAAUUUCUGUCUCUCUAUUCAUUCUAGAAUGUUAAAUUAUUACCUUGCUGCCUUUAUUUCUUGAUUAUUAUCAUUAGGUAAUACUUACAUGAUUUGUUUAAGUUGUAACUGCUAUAAAUGCCAUUUUUUAUCAGCUGGUUUGUAACACAACAAAUGCCUGUUCAGGUAGUGUACUGUCUCCAGCGUCAUUUUCAGUUUUUCCAAGAUAACAGUUCUAGUUAAUAAAUAUCAGAAAUUCUUUUCAUUGCACAUUCUUUGAAUACCAAAGUGGCUACUUCAAGAGUGCAAACAAAUGGGUAUUUAUUUUACAUUUGGAAACAGUGUUUAUACAAGCUCACGUGCUUUUUUAACAUUCUUUUUCAUUUUUAAAACACAUUUUUUGCAAUUUAUAAUGAAUACAGAAUCUCUAAAUUAAAUUUAAAUUUAUUGGCAAAAUUUAUACUGACGUCAUCAGAUAAAGAUCUGCUCUGUGAAUUUAGUUCUUAAGGGACAAAAACAAACUUAGAAAACACUUUUCUACUUUGUGUCUCAGUUCCCUGUUUAAUGGGAGCGAUGAAACAAACUGAACUCCCAGCACUUUAUAAAGAGAAAUCUGUCCAUGUCUGAAAUAUGCAGUGACAGCUAUGGAUAGAAGGCAGAGGCAGCGUGAUGUGAGGCCAUCUCCCCUCUGCCUGCGUCCUGGGCCAGCAGGGCUGGCACUGGCAGCUCUCCUGCCGCCGCGUCCUGGGAUGCUGGGCUGUGACAGCAUCCUGCCAGGAGGGGAACAGCAUCAGCAGAAAUGACACUUACCACAGAAAGCAUCUUCUCCUAUUUAGGAAUGAAGUGAACUUGCUUGUUUAAACAUAUUUUUAUGCAGAUACUCUUUGGGUUUCUAUAGAGUUCAUUGGGGUCUCUGAUGUUUUCGUAGAGUAGGCAAUAAAUCCAUGGUCUUUAUUUAUACUUUUUCCAUCUAUGGAUGUAUUUGCUAAUAUGUAAGUAUAGUAUUUACAGAAUUUCACUGUUUUUUUUCUUUACUAUCAGAGGAAAAAUAACUAUUAUUCAUAUAAAUAAUAUCCACAAUAAAGAGGUGAAAAAUUUUUGAUUGUAUUUAAUCUUUCUUUCUCUCUUUCUCUUUCUCUCUCUAGCUCUUUCUCUCUCUCUCUCUUUCUCUCUUUUUCUCUCUCUUUCUCUCUUUCUCUCUUUCUUUCUUUCUCUCUUUCUCUCUUUCUCUCUUUCUCCCUUUUCAUACAAUGUCAUAGCUUUGCUAUGCUACAGAAAUUGCUCAAAGGUAAAACUGAACUCUACAGAAAUAAUUUUUUUUUGCUUCAGAUAUCAGAAAUUAUUUUAAAUUUUGAAUUGUAAGUAAGAGAAGAACAGAUUUUUGAGCAGGAAGGGUUUUCAGUAGGCCAGUAUAAUUCACUUUCAGCAAACCCCUUAUGGGCUGGUUUUUUUCACUUCCAGGUGAAGCAGAAAGCAAUGUAAGCACCACACACACUUUUGGGUUUAUAAAUUCCUUCAGAACAGUAAUCCCUUGCACGCUGUGGUACUUACAGGCCAUAUCAGACGUGACUGAAGUUUUUGUGGCAUAAUCUGACUUCUAAGAGUGUGAAUAAAGGGAAACUACUCUUAAGAAUUGCUGGUAAAGUCCAGAAUAUGUUUCAUAUAUAGUGAGUGCUGCUUUUCUUAGCUGAUAUUUUAGACAUAGUUUCAAAACCUUGUUGAGGAGUUCCCUAAAUGGGACAUGUAUGUUAAUUGACACAUCAGUGUGAAAAUAGUGAAAUCUAUGAAGGUAAAUAUUCUAUCCUCCCCACCUGUCCAGGAAAGUUUCCACAAAGCAAUAUGAUACAAAGUUC